AUGAGCCUGGAGGAGUCGCUCAAGUCCCUGUCGCUCGACUACUUGAACCUGUUGAUCAAUGGGCAGGCUUUCAGCGACGUCACCUUCAGCGUAGAGGGCCGCCUCGUCCACGCCCACCGCUGCAUCCUCGCCGCCCGCUCUCUCUUCUUCCGCAAGUUUUUCUGCGGGGCGGACAGCCCCUUCCCUGGCAGCGCCGCCCUCUUUCAUGACCACGGUCACUACCAGCGGGGAGGUGCUUUCUCACCUUCCUCCUCGUCGACGACUUCUCCGAGGGGGGCUGCCGGAAGCGCAGCAAGCUCCCUUGUGAUUCCAGUGAAUUCGGUCGGGUACGAGGUUUUCCUUCUGCUUCUGCAAUUCCUCUACAGCGGGCAGGUCUCGAUCGUUCCGCAGAAACAUGAGGCUCGGCCAAAUUGCGCCGAGAGAGGAUGCUGGCACACUCAUUGUACCUCUGCCGUGGAACUUGCCCUGGAUACGCUCACCGCCGCACGCUCCUUUGGCGUCGAGCAGCUCGCCAUUCUCACCCAGGUUUUCCUCUCUCUCCCCCCCCCCCCCUCCCCCUUCUCUUCUCCUCCCCUCUAUCUGCUCUUCUGCUAAGUUUUCAGUUUCUCCCCACCGAUUCCCUCUCGUUAUUCCGUUCUUUGAUAUCUCUGUUUGAUCGCCAAACUGAGUCUUGCUUCGGCUGUUACUUGCCUGAGCUCGUCGUAAACGCUAGUACUCGAUGCCUACGUCAUUCUUUCGUUCCCUUUUAGGUAGACAAAUGACUCAUUGGGCUGCGGUCAGAAAUUGCGGCUUCUAUUUUCUUUCUCCUCAUCCGAUGUGUGCUCGAUUCACUGAAUCCUACGCACUAGAGCCCUCUUUCACGUUCAACAGCAUCAAUGUUUUUCGCUAUGAUUGACUUCGUCCUCGUUUGUUUCUUUUUCCCUUCAAAUCUCCUCCAAUCUUUGCUGGAACUCAUUAGAGUAGCCUACUCAUCUCCACCAAAGCUUAACUUAUAUUUUAUGCGAGAAUCGGAUAUCCGCAUCUCUUGAUUAUCUGUUAUAAUUCGUGGGAACGGUCCUUGUUCUCACUUUGUUGAUUUUGGGGAAUUUGAGCUUGGACAGAAGCAGUUGGCGAUCAUGGUGGAGAAGGCGUCCAUCGAGGAUGUGAUGAAGGUGCUCAUGGCGUCCCGUAAGCACGAAUUGCACCAGCUCUGGACGACCUGCUCUCAUCUCGUCGCAAACUCUGGACUUCCUGCGGAGGUUCUCGCCAAGCACCUCCCCAUUGAUGUGGUCGCCAAGAUAGAGGAGCUCCGCCUCAAGUCCUCCCUCACACGCCGCUCCUCGGCGUUCCUCCAGCAGCACCACGCCGCAGUGGACCUCGGCAGCGCCGCAUCCACCGAGCUCGACGAGCAGGAGAAGAUCAGAAGAAUGCGCCGCGCCCUCGACUGCUCGGACGUGGAGCUCGUGAAGCUCAUGGUGAUGGGCGAAGGGCUGAACCUUGACGACGCCCUCGCCGUCCACUACGCCGUCAAGAACUGCAGCCGGGAGGUGGUGAAGGCCCUGCUCGAGCUUGGCGCCGCCGACGUUAACUGCCCCGCAGGGCCCGAUGGAAGGACGCCCCUCCACGUCGCCGCCGAGAUGGUGUGCCCGGACAUGGUGGCGGUGCUGCUCGAUCACCAUGCCGACCCGACGAUCAGGACGGUGGACGGCGUCACGCCGCUGGACAUCCUCCGUUCGCUCACAUCCGAAUUCCUGUUCAAGGGAGCCAUCCCCGGCCUUUCACACAUCGAGCCCAACAAGCUCCGGCUUUGCCUGGAGCUCGUCCAAUCGGCGGCGCUGGUCCUGUCUAGGGAAGAAUCCCGCGGCAGCGGGAACCAUCCCAAUGCCGCAAUGUACCAUCCCAUCUGUGGGGAGCCCAGCACCAGCAGCAACAGCAACAACAACAGCAGCAUGCCCAACCUUAGCUUGGACUCGAGAAUGGUCUACCUGAACCUCGGAAUGGCAGCUGCAUCACAUCUAGACUGCAAGAUGAACGACGGGAGAGACGACAGCGGCCACAGCAGGCAUCAUCAAGGUGGCAGUGGAGGCAUUGGUCCAUCUUCCAUGUAUUCUCACGACUGUCCGUAG